AUGAUUUUGCAGCAGAUACUGAAGCAGAUAGUAAUAGCAGUAGCUGUGCUAGCUUAUUUUCAAGGAUUUAGCUGUUCUGUAGAAAAAGAUGAGCUAAUGAGCAUGCAAGCUUACUGGAACAAGAAAAUAGAAUGGUUAAAAGAAGAGGUUUCAAACCGUAAACAUCUUCUCGAUAGAUUGGAGGAUUUAGUAGCUAGAACAACCCUUUUUUAUGCUUUUAUAGAAGACAUAGAAAUAAAAAGAGUGGCUCUAUUCAAUGUAGAAACAGCAAUUGCAACUCUUUGCAAGAGCACACAAUACAUAAGAGAAGAAGUAGACGGGCUGAAAAAUCUACGGAACAAUAGACAACCUGAUGAUGUAAUAGAAUAUGUUCACACAAAAGCAAUAAACUUACUCCCAAAGCAUCUUGACGAGAGUGAUGCUGUAAGUAAAGAAAUGCAAACGUUUGAUUCAUCUAUGCUGAUACUGCUGGAAGGAUACAUAGGAGACAUAAACAGAAAAAUUUGCAAUUCAGUACUGUUCAGUCUGGCAAAGAAGAACUGCUCACUGGCCAUCAAUAUAGUGUAUGCUUUUUUUAGCAUAGCGCCAUGCGGGGGCGACAAUCUAGAAGACAGAUUGUUCUAUAUAUACGAAAAAGUAGAAAAGUAUGGUUUCAAGACAAAUUUAAUACACUAUAGCGAUGCGAUAAGAAAAGAAGCAAAAGGGCAAGCAAUAGAUCUGCUAAAAACAGCAAAUACAUAUCUUCACAUUCUAUUCAAUACAAUUGAAGUGUGCAGAGAAGAGAUAUACGCUUAUCUCGAACUAACAGAAGAGAACCUUACGGCUGAAAAGAUAAACAAACAUUCGAACCUAUCGCCUGCGGCUAUUAUAAAAAUAAUAAUGAUAGAGUACGAAAUUAACAUAGGCGGGUGUCUUAUGAACUACAGAAAGAACGUUUUAUUUUCAAAUCUCGGAAAAAUAAUCCAGAAUGUGUACGACAACGGAACAAAAGAGCAACAGAAUAAAAUACUUGAUGCUCUAAGCAUGCUCUGGAGCAAGUGCGAGGAACAAGAAAGAAACGAGCGCGUUGAAAAGAUUAUAAAGUUCUGUAGAGACAACAGUAUACAAUAUCUUGACUUUGUAAAUAUGAAAUACAGCCUUAUGACCACCAGCUGGAUGUUUAAUAUUGAUAAAACAAAGCCAACAAAUCCAGCAAAUGGCCAGGAGAUAGCCAACAAGGCGUGCAUUGACAUUACUUAUACGCAUCCUCUGUUCUAUUUGUAUAAAAGGUGCGAGAGAAUUAGCCAUUCUGUCAAACAAAACCAGUCCCUUCAAGACAAGCCUUUUAUAAGGGAAGAGUCAAGCGGUGACGUUAGACUAAGACUGUACAAAAUAAGUGAAAAAGACAGUGAAGCCGUUCAGACAGAGAAUAUACAAAGCUGUGUUAGGCUGUGGUUCUCAAAUGGCACACACGUCAAGAUCUUCUUUAAAAGUGAAGAAAAAGACGAUUACAAGAGUAUAGCUAGAGAUUUUCGAAAAUAUUUUAACGAAUCACGAUAUACAACGUCUGACACAGCAAUAAAAGAGGAAUAA